UCUGCCCGCCUGGCGGGUUGGUCAGCACAGCCCUCGCUCAGUGACUGACAAACAGGCUGUUUGUCGGUCGGAGCUGGGGAGAAGUCUAUCUCGGAAAUAAUCUGCCCACGCGUUUAAGCUGCUUUAUCCCCGCCGAGCUCCAGAGCGCCGCAGCAGCUCCGACUCCACGCUGAGCGCCAGAAAGAAAAAGUGCCACAGGUCACGCUGAACGGAGAAGCUGGCAACGGUGGUCCGGACAUGGAACAGACUGGACUGUGGCUAUUCUUCAUGACUACUUGUGUUAUUUCAGAAGUAAAUGGACAGAGAGUGGAAAUGGAUGACGGAAAGUCUGGAUAUGUUGGCUCAAGGGUGGAUCUGCGCUGCCGGUUCAUCAACAGUAACCCACCUGUCAAAAUAUCCCAGGUAACAUGGCAGAAACUGGUGAAUGGCUCCAAGCAGAACGUAGCGAUCGCGAAUCCAUCCCUGGGCGUGUCUGUGGCCCCGCCUUACAGGGACCGCGUCACCUUCAAGAACGCGGCAGUCAGGCGGCGAACUCCGACGCUGGAGGACACGACCAUCAUCUUCUCUACGCUCCGCCUCUCUGAUGAAGCCACCUACAUCUGUGAAUACACCACGUUCCCCGCAGGAAACCGAGAGAGCACCGUAAACCUCACUGUGUAUGUCCGGCCAACAACUCAGAUGAGUUUGUCCACACCAACGCUGGUGGCUCGUUCAUCAAACCUGAAAACUCCCGUGGCCACCUGCAUCUCUGCCAACGGAAAGCCUCCUGGCACCAUUAGGUGGGAGACCAGGGUGCCUGGAGAAGUGACCACCCGGGAGUACAUAAACUCGGAUGGGACCUUCACUGUCCAGAGCGACUACAUAUUGGUGCCCAGCAGGGAAACCCACAGGGAGACGCUGACCUGCGUCACUACCUACAACGAGGAGGUCUAUACGGACAGCGUCACUCUAGAUAUCCAGUAUGAGCCAGAUGUUAUGAUUGAAGGGUUUGACGGAAACUGGUACGUGAACAGAGAGAACGUCCAGUUGAGUUGCCAAGCUGACGCCAAUCCUGCCGUCUCUCUGUACCAGUGGAGGCUGAUUAACAGCUCCAUACCGAGCAACGUCGAAAUCCGAGACAAUGUCCUCUUGUUUAAAGGGCCUGUCACGUACGACGUCCAGGGAACAUACGUUUGCGAUGCGACCAAUAGCAUCGGGACCAGCUCCGCCUCUGUGGAAGUCAGCGUUUUAGAGAAGCCUCUGCCGCAGAUUGCAACAGGAGAUGUCAUCAGUGUAAUCGCCUUACUACUGGCUGCCGGAGUGCUGAUGGGCAUUACUAUCACCGUCCUUGUGCUCAAAAUAAGAACCAGAAAGGAUAGCUCAUCAGGAGACUCACCAUCCAGAAAACAGUCUCAACCGAUCAGAAAAAGACCAGAAGAUAUUCAGCAUGCCGGGCGGUUUUAUGAGGAACUUCCAAACACAGCGGACUACGUGAGCUACAGACUCGCCUGUAACAAGGAGGACUUUCCGGAACCCUACUCCCCACCGAUCAACCCUCCGCUCUCCUUUCUUCCCCAGCAGCCAUACCCCUCCUCACAGUUGAUGCCUGUUUUGGGUGCCAGCAGUGCCAGCACGCCGUCAAAAAACACUUUCGCUCCUUCAGCACACACAACAGCCGUCUUUAAAUACCCCUCUGUGCCGGGUUUAUCAUCUCCUCCGCCUGGAGUGGGACAAUAUACUUUUCCCAAAGAACAGUAUGUCUGAAGCAGCAUCGUGUCACAAGCCCAAACUUCUUGAACCAGAACAUAUCUUUAGAAAAGGUUUGGCGCAGCUUAUUUGAAGCUAGCUGGACUAUCAGGCAGCAGCUCUGCUCUACGGAGAUCUGAGGACAAUGAGCAUUUUGAUGAUGGACUUUUACGGUCGUUUCACUUACUUGUUCUGUCUUUCUUUGUCUUAACUGAAUGUUGAAAGGGAAUCUUGUGAUCCAUAUUCGAUGUUUAGGGUAGAGAACGAGCGUUUGAAUAAAUAAUGCUAUUGGCUUUAUGAAAGGUUUAUUUAAUCAUGAUGAAUGGUUUACCCUGAUGUUUGCUCUCCUUACUUUGUCCACGUCAACAUUAUUUUAUAAAGAAAAGAAAGAAAAAGAAAAACAUGAAUUCCUUUCUCCAAUUUCUGAUGGCUCUCUGUUUUCUCAUUGCAAACAAACAAAACCCUUUUAUGUAAGGUUUUUGGCAUCGUCGCAUGGUCUACCGUACUUCUGUGCUUGUAUUUUGUAUCUUUAAUGU